AUGAUAGUUUCAUUCAUUUUUUAAAUAUAAAACUGAAUUAUUGAAAUGUAAAAUUAACUGAAAAAUUAUGGAAAAUAGUUACCAUUUUAUUUUUGCUGAUACAUGGUGCCAUCUAACGUUGAGUAGCAGAAGUAGGCGCAAAGUGACAUCUAUUGGUGACUCUGUCCAAUUACAGCUGCGAUCUGAAACAAUAUGUUUUUGCACAUUUCUUUUUAAUUAUAAUAUUUCAUCUGUAACUUUUUCUAAAGCAAUCUUUGAUAUUUAUAAAACUUUGUUAGUUUAAAUUGCUUAUUACAGUUGAGACUGCCUUUGUUGUUAAAUUUUGAAAAACUAAGAAAUUAAGGUAUAAAAGAAAAGGGAUAACACUCCGUUUGGUUUCCGAACGUGAAUGGUGUGAAUGAACUGUCAAAUAUUCAAUGAAGUUAGCUGCUGUCUGGAAUCCUUAAGCCAUGCUUGUGUGUGUAGAGAUGCACCAAUUCUUACGAUAGUGUGCUGUCCGUGAAAGCGGUUUUUCAAAGCUCGCGCUCGCCGUUUUCAUCGUUUGAUGCGCCGCCCGGCCGGACGCCGGUGCCAGUGGUGCAUAAUAUUUACAUUACGGCUUCCAAAAACCCAACAUUCCACUUCCAACGUUGUCUUCAACUGAAAAUGUUCGUAGUUAGUUCGAAAAUCGAAUGUUAACUUUUUAAUGUGGCUAGUUUAAGUGAUAAGUGUUUUAUGAUGUGCUUUCUGCGAGCGGUUUUAUUCCUUUCGUUGGUAUUAUCCGGCCUCCAUGCUUCCAUUGGGUCCGAAGGUAUCGACCACCAUUCAGGGCAUAGAAUACACAAACACAAGACCAACAGAAAACACCGAGCUACUAAUGAAGAGCUUCACUUCGAUCCAAAACCUUUCAGUAAGAAGAUCGAACUGAAUACACCCGGGAAAAUCCAUUGUAAAGUGGCUGGUGGGCUCUCUCCGACCGUACAAUGGUUUUUGAAUUCGGCAGACGCGUUGCCAGGAGGUCUGAGCUCGGCCAACGGUACGCUGCACGUGGCGUCGGCUGAGAAACGCCACGUUGGGAACUACACUUGCCGAGCCACUGAUGGUAACCACACCAUCACUGCGGAGAUACACCUCGAUGUCGUUGUGUCACCAAAAGUAAUCGAGCCUCUUCCGGACACGGAGAUACACAUCGGCGAGCGGCAAUCCGCGCUUUUGAACUGCCGAGCUAUUGGCGACCCGUUGCCGACGACUCAUUGGGUCCGAAAUCUCACCAUUAUUAACCAAUCGCAAGAUGGAGUGGAUGUCGAAGGAGGUGUGAAUGCAACACACGCCAGAAUGUUGUUACUAAAUAACGGAUCCCUAUGGAUUCGUUCAGCGCGGCGUGAAGACUCUGACCGCUAUGCUUGUACAGCGGGCAGCGCCGCCGGUAUGGCGCGCACGGAACUGAUCCUUACUGUACAUCCAGAGGGUUACUACGCGGACGGCGGGAAUGAAUCUGGAGCCGGGCGAGCGGUGCUAGUGGCAGCAGGAGUUGCAGCAGGCUACAUGCUACUGGUGCUGGCGCUGAUGCUGUACUGUCGGCGUCGUCGGCGUGAGAGGCGUUUGCGUGGUGAAAAGAUAGAGCUAGAAAUGGCGGAAGGACGCGAAAAGUUGGUGGAAGAAGGCGAGGACAAACCCAAGACCAACGGAGCUCCCAACGGGAAACUGCCACACGACAGAGACAGCGGUGCCGACACGUCCGAGGUAUCGGCGGCUUCUCGCGCGUCCCGCCGCGGGCUCGAGCACCUCGCGGCGCCGCGGAGCCUGCUCACGGAGCAGAUCACUCUAGGGCGCGGUGAGUUCGGCGAGGUGUCGCUGGCGCGCCUCGACGUGUCGGCGCUGAAGCGCGCGCGCGCGGCGGCCGCCAGCUCGGCGCCGCGGUUGCGCCCCGUGUUGGUAAAGGCCCUAACUUCUAAGGACGAGGCGGCUGGGGCAGAAUUCCGUCGCCAGCUGGAAUUAUUCGGUCGCGUCCGGCACGAGGGCGUGGCGCGCCUGUUGGCGCUCUGCAGCGACGCCGACCCGCAUCUUAUGAUACUCGAACACUCUGACUGGGGUGACCUAAAAACCUUCCUCCAAGCUACCACGGCGGAACAGACAGCCCAGUUCACGGGCGCUGGUGGCGCCAGCGCGGCGCCGCUGUCGCCGCAGCACCAGGCCUUGCUGGCCAGCCAGCUGGCGCACGCGGCCGCCGCGCUGGCCAACCAGCGCCUCACACACAGAGACAUCGCGGCCCGCAACUGCACCAUCUCGUCGGCGCUGCGCCUGAAGCUCAGCAUGGCCGCCCUGUCCCGCGGCCCCGACACCGCGCACUACUACAAGCGCCACGACCAGGUGAUCCCGCUGCGCUGGUUGCCGGCCGAGGCGGCUCUGGAAGGCGAGUACUCCGCCAAGUCCGACGCGUACAUGUUCGCGGCCACAGUAUGGGAGAUUUACACUAAAGCAGAGCUUCCAUUUGCGAAGCUGAACGACAGCUCAGUGCUGGAGCGACUCAAGAACGGCACCCUCGAAUGGACGGUCCCGGCUUCAAUGCCUGAAGCGCUCGCCGACUUAUUGAAACGGUGUUGGAGCAACUCCCCAUCAGAGCGCCCGCAGUUCGAAGCCAUCUGUACGGAGGUAGACGCUGUAUUGCAAGCGGUCACAUCCGCCGAAACUCCGCAGGAAGACAAUCCUUAAGCACAUCAUUUUAAGGUUCAAAUUCCAACAUUAGUUCCAGACAUUUAUGCCUUUAAAAAAAUCAAGCGGUCACGUUCGACGAAGAUUCCACAGGAAAACAACUCUUAAACGCAUGCUUUACGGUUCAGUUUCCAACACUAGUUUCAGGAGUUUAUGCCUUAUUAAAAACGGUAAAUUUUGUCUUAGCGCUAGAGAAAAUCAACCCUUUAAGAGGGAAGAAUAUCUUUGCGAUCCUAACGAAAUAACGGUAAUUUUUCUAUGAAAUUCCAUUUCGGGAGAAAACGUUUUCCACUAACUAAAUCUUAACAAAUCACUUUGAUUUUGAUGUCGAUCGCUUCAGCAUAAUAUAUUCUAGGUUUAUAGGUUACGCUUUUUACAUUUUUUUUGUAUUGCAAAUUUCGUAAUGUAAAGAUAACCUAUAAACCCAAUUUUUCAUUGUGUCAAUAACAUUCUAAAUAAUAUUUAGAAGUGGAAAAACAUUUUCUCUUUUUGUAUCCACGACUACAUGCUAUAUACUUCUCUCUUAACUCAUUCCUUUGAGAAAUCGCUAGUUAAUAUGAAGAUGCAUAUGCAUCGGAAAGCUGAAAGUAUGUGCAUAUUCAUACUAACGAGCGAUUUCUUGUAUAUGCAUAAAAUGCAGUUCGAUGCUGAUCUAUAUGUAAGUCCACCCUUAGGGUUCCGUUUCCAACAUUUGUCCCUGGCGGUAAUAUUACAAGCGGUUAAAUCAGACGUAGCUUCACGGGAAAACAACCUUUAAAUACAGUACCUUAUGGUUCACUUUGUAACUUUUAUUGUAGGCUUUAAUGCCUUUAAUCAAUAUUACAAGUGGCUAUUGUCCUUUUGAAAUAAUUAUAAGGCUGGAUCUCAAAACCGUUGAAAUUGCUAUUGGUAAUAUCAAAUACUAUAAAUCGUGUCAUUGACGAAGACGCGUGCCUUGACUCGUAUAGUCAUGUUAUAAAAGGUAAGAUUUGACAAAUCUGCGCGUCAACGUGGAUGACACGAACUAUAAUACGAGUUAUCAAAAUUACAGCUAAAUCAUAUUCCUAAUAUGAUUGAAAUGUCAUUUAACAUUAUAAACGUUGAUAUGUGGAUAAUGUACACACAUUUUUGUUACUGAAAUUUAACCUAGCGAGUAACUUAGGCGUUUUAGAAUUUUAAAACAAUUUUUUCUGAUGCUAUUUUAUGUAAACAUUCAGUAAAGUAUAAUAGGUACAUAAGAAGUUUCUCAAAUUAUCGAAAAACGAUCAUAUUUGAAGUAUUAAGCGUAGCUUUAGUAAAUAUUUAUGUCAUUUUGAUGCAUUUACAUUUAUUAAUACCGAUUUUUUAUUUCGGAGUAAAUUAAGUCAUAUGUGACCCCGGUCGGCAAAACGUCUCAC